AUGGUCUCAGUCAAAAUCCACGACGUAGCCGCCCAAAAACGACAGGAGCGCGAGGCAAAGCUAUUCGCAUAUCGCGAAGGCCGUAUUCAUGUUCCAAAUGAUGUCGUCGACCUCUCACAGUACCUCCUUACCAAGCUCACGGAAACAGGAGCGUGCUAUCAUUUAGUUCGCAAGCGAGUCUAUACUGCGCAGGACGUUCUGCGGUCCUUUGUCAAAGUAGCGGUGGCCGCCCAAGAUGUCACCAACUGUCUUUCAGAAGUUUUCCUCGAUGAAGCAUUCCUACGAGCCAAAGAGCUUGACCAAUAUCUGGAGACAACUGGAAAUGUCAUAGGGCCACUGCACGGUUUACCAGUUUCGAUAAAAGAUCACAUCAAAAUCAAAGGUCUGGAUACUUCGUCAGGCUAUCUUGGUUGGGCAUACAAAACUGUUGCGGACAGUGAUGGACUGGUGGUGGAAAUCCUGCGCAACGCCGGGGCAAUUCUAUACGUCAAAACACAGAAUCCGCAGACUUUACUUUCACUCGAGACGGACAACAACGUAUUCGGCAGGACUGUUAACCCAUUCAAUCGCAACUUAACUCCCGGAGGAAGCAGUGGUGGCGAGGGUGCGCUUAUAGCAUGUCACGGUAGUCCUAUGGGUGUCGGGACUGAUAUCGGCGGGAGCAUUCGGAUCCCCGCAGCGCAUUGUGGUUUGUAUGGACUGAAAGGGUCGGUGGCACGUCUGCCACAUUCUGGUCUUCUGGGCUCGCAUGACGGGAUGGAUGCAAUUGUAGGUUGUGUCGGACCGUUGGCAACAUCUGCGAGGGAUCUUGAGUUAUUCUGUCGAGUUAUGCUCGAUGCAAAGCCAUGGCUCGAUGAACCCCCACUCUUAGAAAUGCCAUGGAAAAGAGCUAUGGCGAACGGCGAAGGUUUACCAGAAAAACUUGCAAUUGCCAUCCUUUUUGACGACGGCGUCGUCGCGCCGCAUCCUCCAAUCAUGCAGGCUUUGGACCAGUAUAAAGACGCCUUAGUACGCGCGGGGCACGACGUAAUCGAGUGGCAUGCACUGGACCAUCAGAAUGGAUGGGACCUGAUUGCGAAGCUGUAUUUACUAGACGGUGGAGCAGAGUAUCACGAAACUAUCAGAGCAGGCGGAGAGUUUGAGGUACCACAAACGGAAUGGAUACUUAAACAUGCACAGGGACGAGAUUCAUAUACGCCCGCGAAGAUAUUCAAGCUCAACUUAGAGCGGGAGGCGUUCCGCUCAAAAGCAUUGGCGCACUGGAAUGCCACUCAUCAACAUACCGUUAGUGGACGUCCUGUGGACGUUAUCCUCUGUCCAGUUGCACCUACGUUAGCUCCGCCUCACGACACAACUCGCUGGUGGGGUUAUACCUCUCACUGGAACCUACUAGACUUGCCAGGUGUCGUCUUCCCUGUUGGCCGCUUCAAAGCCACACCAUCUGCCACCUAUCCACCUCUUCUACCGUCAAGGAAUGAUGUUGAAAACUUUAUUCAUGGUCAAUGGAACCCAGCUACAUAUGAUAAUGCUCCCAUAAGUCUACAGCUCGUGGGUCGGAGACACAACGAGGAGAAGUUGUUGGCUAUGCUAAAUGUGGUGGAGGAAGCGUUCCGAGAGAACGCAAGACAAGGAGUUCGUUCCUAG